AUGUUCAAGGUGAAUGGAAAGAUCAAUCGGAUUCAUGUUGAGUUUGGUGAGGUUUAUACAUAUGAGUACUGGAGUGAGGGGUGGAAACUUGGAAUAAUGGGAGGUGGUGAGACAGAACAGGGGAUUUAUGAAAGAAUGUUGUUGGUAGCGUGUCCUAGAACCGGGGCGUUUGAAAAACGUGGAAUAGAGAUCGAGGUGGUGAAUGAAGGAGCGGGUGUGACUGUUGGGGGGUUUUGA